CAUCCCUGAGAUUCAUUUUCUAAUUGGCAUUCGCAGUAAAUACAAGAAACACAACAGAAUCGAUGAAAGAUUGCACCCAACACUACAGACAGCCGAUAUGUAAAAGACCAUAUCUGUGCAAUUGAAGAACAAAAAAAAGUAAUAAAUGAAUAAACAAUAAAUAUUGAGAACAUGAGAUGAAAAGUCCUUGAAAGUGAUUGCAUAGAUUGUGAGAACAGUUCAGUGAUGGGACGAGUGAAGUUAUCCCCCCUGGUUCAAGAGCCUGAUGGCUGAGGGACAGUAACAGCUGCUGAACCCGGUGGUGUUGGUCCUGAGGCUUUUGAAACUCUUCCUGGUGGUAGCAGCAAAAAGAAAGCAUGACCUGGAUGGUGUGGGUCCUUGAAGAUGGAUGCUGCUUUCCCGUGACAGUGUAGAUGUGCUCAAUGGUAGGAGGGCUUUACCCGUGACUGACUUGGCCGUAUCCUCUAGUUUUUGUAGGUUUUUCCAUUCAAGGGUAUUGGCAUUUCCAUACCAGACAUGAUAAAACCAGUCAAUAUACUUUCCACCAAAGGCUUGUCAAAGUUUUAGAUGACUUUCAUAAACUUCUAAAAAAGUAGAGUCGCUGCUAUGCUUCCUUUGUAAUGGCGUUUACUUGUAGGUGAGGUGCCAGUAAAGGAUUGUAAAUGUUGUGCUUUACUUAAGAAAGUUGGCAAAGAAAAACCUUGAAACUGAGGCAAAUACAAAAUGUGAAGACAAUACACUAUAAAACAAUAAUAUAACCAGAGAUUUCAAAUUCUCCAUGUCAUGUGGCCAAGGCUCCAUCAAUGCCUUAAAGCAGAUGAGGUAUAAAAUUCCUGCAUGCGCAGACCACAGACCUUUCCAACUCACAGGGUGGCAUGGUAGCGUAAUGCAACACUUUACAAUACCAGCAACCUGAGUUCAAUUCCCAUCGCUUCCUGUGAGGAGUUUGUAUGUUCUCCCUGUGGCUGCUUGAGUUUCCUCUGGGUACUCUGGUUUCCUCCCACAGUCCAAAGGCGAAUUGAUUGGUAUGUUCAUUGUAUAUUGUCCUGUGAUUAGGCUGGGAUUAAACUGAGGGUUGCUGGCCAAUGCAGCUGAAAGGGCCGGAAAGACGUUUCCUGCGCUGUAUCUAACAGGGAGGGAAGAUAGGUGUUGCAUUAACUUGUGGCUAAAUGUCUUGAGGUUAAAGGUCUCAGGGUUCAUUCCCAAGCCGCCAGAACUCAUGUACUUUCAUAAACUAUCAGAAACAAUAGGCCAAAUUCCUAGAAGGGUGAAUUAAGAACAAAUUCACCCAACUAAUCUAUUGGGCUCUAUUAAUAUCGCUUUAUCGUCAGGCCUAGUAACUUCAGGUGAGCGGGGUGAAGGAAUCAAUGUCAAUGACUUCUCUUUCCCAAAAGUAUCGCCUCUCUCUCUGAGUACCGCUGUAUUCGUCCCAACAGGUCGGCAGAGCUCUCUUGCCACGAUCCACCGAUAAUUCGGAACGAAAUGAGUUUCGGGGACUGCUGCGCCCGCCCUGCGGUUGCUAUGGUGAUGUUCCCGUGAUAUGCUGCGCUCCCAGAAUUCAGCACGGAAGUCCGGGCCCGCUGCCCUGGAGAGGAGUUCAGGGGGCAUUAGGGUUCGGCCUGGGGACCAGGGGCUUGGUCAUUCUGCUCGAUGACUUGGGUUCUCAUUGACACGUUACUGAGUGCGAUCAUUAAGAAGCUUGGACGCUUACAGUGCCGUGAACCCGAAUGAAAAUGUCUUACUUAGUACAUGAAGUUGAACUGAGCAAACGUCAUGAAAAAAUAUUGAGUCUAAGAGCAACAUUGCUUCAGCAAAUGGAAGACCAGCUUGAAAGACAGGAAAAGGAGAAAAAGCUGCAAGCAAUAAAGUUUGAGUCAGCAAAUGAGAGAAACGAAUUACUUUUAAAGGAUCUAGAGGCAGCAGAGAAAAACCUAAGAGCUGGAGUACAUGUACAACUGCAUCCAGCUGUUAUUGCCCUUCAGGAAGACACAAGAAAUCUCCCAGAUGUAUGGAUGGGCCAAGGACAUAGGGUAACAGAGAAAAUGAAACAGAUUGACAUUCGGAAGGAAACGGUGAUGAGAAGACUGAUGGGACUGAAGGCUGACAAAUCCCCAGGUCCGGAUGGUCUGCAUCCUAGGAUACUAAAGGAGGUGGCCCUGGAAAUUGCAGAUGCAUUGACCAAAUACUGGGCAUCCAUUGAAGAACGACUUCCUAAAUGGGAACAGCUUUUUCUGGAACAAACAAGAAAUCCACUUGAAGUAAAGGAUGCAAGGCACAAACAAUCACAGAAUGAGUUGCUACAAGACAAAGAUACCAUUAAAAUUACUAAUUUAUCCUCUCCAGUAUCAACUUUCAAGACUUCCUCAAUUACGGAAAUAAAAAAAAAACAAGCUCAUAAAACAUGAUGGCUGAUACUGAAAUAUUUCUGUCAUCAAUAUGGUUUGUGAAGAUGUCGUAACAAAUGUUGGUAUUAACUGAAUUAUUUGGAUACAUUCAUGUAACCCAUAUCCAGAAUGCUAAUUUUGCUAGCCCUUUGCAACCAGUGGGGCUUAACAGAAAGCAAAGCUGGAGUAAGAACUGUGCCUUCUUUAGAACCUGUAAUUAAUUUACACUGUUUUAAAAAUAUCUUUGACAUUCAAAGACAUUUUAAAAAAUCCAAAGGAUUUGGAAAGAAAAGAGACUGCAAAUGCUGGAGAUCAGAACAAAAAAAAUCUGUAAAGAUCUUUCCCAAUACAUGGAUCUUGACCCAAAAUGUCGACCUAAAAAUCACCAGAACUAGUGCAAAACAUCAGGGAAUUUUAAACUAAAACAUAAUGUUGAAUGUUAGUGUAUUUUCUGCUGAUUUAAAAGAUAUUUUGCUUGCUUGCGCCAAUUAAACUAAUGAAUUGUUCUUUGUAGUUAUUUCUAAAUUUUAGGGGCUUAAUUAGCUGAAGAGAAUGAUGCUAAUUGAAGGGCUGUUUUGUCAUAAUUAUAACUUCAACUGUAUGAAUCAAAUAGUGCCAGAUUAAAAAUCAGAAAAUUAUGUUAAUGCCAAGGGGAAGUUAUAGGGGUGGAAGGGGGAGGUGAAUGUUUUAUGUGAUUCCAUUGUUCUAUCAAAAGACUAAGAUUGUAAUUAUAUAGAUGAUUUGGAUGGAAACUUGAACCAUAACUUCAUCUCAAUAAAACAGUCAAAGCAUUUGGAAUCAUUUCAUAAUUAUGUUAAAAAUAAAAACAUUCCCCUUUUAGCUCAGUCAGAUUAUGAAAUUAUGUCCAGGAGAGAUCAAUUAGCAAUAUUUUUAACCAGUUUUUAAUUUAUUAAUAAUUCGGUCACUACUUUGAAAGCCAGCUUAUUGCCCAUCUUCAGUUGUCCCUGAGGAGGAGGUGUGACACCUAGGAAGCAAACUUAUGAGCUUGUGCUUUCUGUGCAUUAAUAUCUGUGUUUGACUAUUAAAUUCAGCUUUGUGAGAAAAUGAUACUACUACUACUACUACUUCAAUCAGCAGCUCUAAUUUUUAUUCAUUUUGAAUAUAUCAAGCAUUUAAUUGGUGUGUGGGUCAGCUGAUUUGAUGAAUGACUUGAAUCCCACAGAUUUAUUUUUGAUUUUUUUUUCUAAAAUAUCUUUAGUUAGAUUUUACUCAAAGUAAGAGCCUAUUUCUCAUUUGUAUACAUGCAUUUAACAUGCUAUAUAAGUUCAAAUGCGAAUACUGCAUAUAAAUGCAGUAUGGGUAAUAUAUAUCAAAGAUAUAGUGUGGGCUAUCAUAAUGGUGGAUUUUGGAAAUGAAUGAAAAUGUAGAUGAAUACUAAGACGUCCGAUAGGUAAAUGCACCAGCUGGCUUGGUAAUGAACCAUCUAUUCCGAGAACAUUCCAAAUCUAAUUCUCAGCAUGUGUUUACAUAAAUGAUUGGUCUAUAGCACUAUUAUCAACCUCUGCACAAGGAAUGGUGAAAAAAAAACUUUUCUGUGUCCUGUGAUUCAUGGUGGAUAGAGGAAUAUUUUUGAAUAUGUUUAAUCAUUUUCUUCUCCUUUACAACUGGUAUGUGGUUCAUCCAGCAUUAUGUUUUAUCCUGAAUACUACUGCCACUUUAUGCAAAUGUUAUUCUUUAUCAGUGAGCUUGUACCCUGAAUUAUUGCAAAUAGAUGGUAUUACAGACAGAGACAGUUCUGUUCAAACCUGAGUUUCUCAAAAGUUCUGUUUUUUAAAUGUUUCACUGGACAUGUGAGAGCUUUGGCAUCAUCAUCCUGUGCCAUGGAGGUCAAUAAUACUGCCAUUGCAUCAGUCGGCUCAGUAAACACAAUUUGGGAAUUAAACUUGGAAUGUUCUCGUUCUGCACAUUUCAUUGCCAUGCCAGCUGGUGCUAUUUACUUGCUGGCUUUCUCUGUACUCAGCUGUAUUGUAUUCAUUUAAAGAACUCUACUGUGAAUGAUAGCGUAUGUUAUUUUUGAGGUUUAAGUACAUAUUGAUUUAUCCAUGCGCAGUAUCAGUCUUUGAAGCUUUUGUAUCUUUGAAAACUGUUUAUUGUAUUGAUUAAGGGAUUUUUUUUGUGAUGUUAGUUGCACCAGAUGUGGAGAUUGUUGAUGGGAGAAGAAAAAAAUCAUACAUCCUAUUUAACUGUUAUAUUUCUGGUCUGCAGCGAUUAAUCAGUGAAAUUAUUUAGAUUGCACUGAAUAAGUGAUGAAGAUUUUAAGUGAAGGAAAUUAGGAUUUAGCAAUCUGAUUGAGGAACGUUAGUUCUAGAAAAAUAUGUAUCCAGUCUCUUGGAGAUGUUUUUGUUAAAGUAGGAUUUUUAUAUUAAGCUUAUCUUGAGUUGUGUUUUCCAUGUAUUUCCAUAUACUGAAUCAAACACCACAGGAGCCAACAAUUUCCUGGGAAAAAUAUGACCACACUCAAAGUUCAUUGAUACAAGUGAAAAUAAAUAAAAUUAGAAAAGUGUAACAAAAAUGUUGCAAGCAAUUUGGACUGUUAAUUUAUGGCUUCUGGUCUUAACUUUGUAUUGCUUCUGGUGAUGAUAGAAUCUGAUGUUCGUUUAUUUCAAAUAUAUUUCAACUUUGAAAAUGAACUGUUAAUUAUCAAAUAUAUUUCCCUAGGUAUUUUAUGAUUCACUACCUGUGGUGUUUUGUUUGGAUAGUUAAACUUCCUUUGAAAUUGUUUCUCAAAAGUGUGGGAAUAAUGUGAAAUUAUGCAGGAUGUAAAGAACUGUAUGCAAAUUUAGGCAAAUUCUCUGACCUAUAAACAGCUUGUUUUAAAAAAUGUCAGUAUUACAUAGUUGGCAAUGAGUCAGGUCUGAAUAAUAGAUAACCGUAGUUAAAUAAUAGAUAAUUAUUUCAAUGCUACAAAUUAAAAAUAAAUUGCAAUUUCUCAGUUCAACAUUUAAUAUUGUUCCAGAAAUUUCUCUUCUGGAACUCCUUAGAUUUAGUUUCUAACUUGUGGCUGAAGGUUGGUUUAUCACUUAAGACUUGAGAGUUGUUGGGAUAACUUGAGAGUUGAUAGCUAUGCAUAAGCAAUGUCUUACUGGCAUAAGUAGGGCACAUGCCACAGUCUCAUUCCUUGCAGUUGUACCACCAUGACUCUCUGCAAGCCAGAAUUUUAUUGGUCUUAACUCACUUAAACCAUCCAUCUGCUGUUGUGCAUUGGCCUUUGAAAAUUUGGUACUGGUGAGUAAUAUUUCAAGUUGCAUUAAUUGUGUGUGUUAGUCAGGCUGUUUGCUUAUAUUUUCUUGCGUGCCUCUCAAUGCUACCUGUUUUCUCUCCAUUCUCUCUUCUGGGUGAUAGCAGAAAUGAUCUACUUGAGUAAUCCCUGUGCCCUGCUGCCCUGCUCCUCAAAAACCUCCUAUAUUCCAAAAUUCCAAAGUGCAAAGCCUUGCAUUUUUCUCCAGUUCCUAGGUUUAAUAGAUCUUCAUUUUACCCAUCUUUAACCCUAACCUGUCCACUGUUUGCUCAUGCAGAAAAGGAACAGAUUGGAAAAAGAAUAAAAAGAGUAGAAAAAAAACAGCGGGCAUUCAACACCUUUAAGACAAUAAAUUCAAUUAGACAGCGGCUUAUCUGUAUCUUACCCAUUUACCUGAUUGAUAAUUUUUGAUUGCCUUAAGGUCAACUAUUUUUUUUUUGAUAUUUUGGGGGUGGGGGAAUCUGAUGGACAUUUGGAGGUUGACAAUUCCCCCCCCCCUCAAUUUUGCUGCCUUUGAGCUGUCUUCUAUUUUUACAUGAUAAUGCUCCUUUGUAAUAUUUAUAUAUACAUACAUUAAAAUAUGGAAAUUGUUGUCACAUUUAUCUAAUUGUCUUGAGUGAAUACACUUAAAUUUAAUUGAGUAAAAGUCAAAACUAACAAAAUAUUUUGUGCUUGCUGUCUUUCAGACUUGUUGACUGCAAAGAGAAAAAUCAGGAGACUAAUCAUAAAGCCAUGCAACCAAACUCUCCAAAAGAAGAAAAAGUAGAAUUGAAAUGGGUUAGUCAUAGGAGAUUUAAUAAUUGGGGAUCUAAUUAGCAACCUCAGCAGCAGUGACAGAAUCUAGGAGAAUAUGGCAGACAAAAAGCAGUGUGCUGACUGAUUUUGGUGGAUGCUGGGUAAUGACAAUGAAAAUCAGAACAAGUAAAACAUCAUCCAAUGGCAGGACAGGUAGGAGAGGCUGAAAAGCUAUUCCUGCUACUAGUUAUUAAUAUUUGAUUAUGCUAUUGGCACUAAACUAGAGCCAUUCAUGGCAGUGGUAUGCAUGAGCCCUAGGAAGUAACAUUAGUUUGCAUGAUAUGAACGCAACAGUCUCUAAAGAUGUGACUACUUCUCCACCCAAAGCAAUGUCUUUGCCUCUUCCCACAGUUAGCUACUUCAUAAUUUGAUCUAUUAAGCAAAGGCGAAAGGUAAUCACAAAGAUUUAAGCACCAAGGUUAUUAUUAAUAUUUAGAAACAUAGAAAACCUUCAGCACAAUACAGGCCCUUCAGCCCACAGUGUUCUGCCAAAUAUGUACUUACUUUAGAAAUUAACUAGGGUCACCCAUAGCCCUCUAUUUUUCUAAGCUCCAUUUACCUAUCCAGGAGUCUCUUAAAAGACCCUAUCGUAUCCGCCUCCACCACUGUCGCCUGCAGCCCAUUCCACGCACUCACGACUUUGUUUUUUUUAAAAAAACAAACUUACCCCUGACAUCCCCUCUGUACCUACUUCCAAGCACCUUAAAAACAGUUUCCUCUCGUGAUACCCAUUUCAGCCCUGGGAAAAAGCCUCUGACUAUCCACACGCUCAAUGCCUCUCAUCAUCUUAUACACCUCUAUCAGGUCACCUCUCAUCCUUCGUCACUCCUUACUUUCUCAAUAAGCCUUGCAUGGGGUACCUUGUCAAUUGCCUUGCUGAAAUUCAUAUACACUGCAUCCACUGCUUUAACUUCAUCAAUGUGUUUAGUCACAUUCUCAAAAAAUUCUAUCAGGCUCGUCAGGCACAACCAGCCUUUGACAAAGCCAUGAUGACUAUUGCUAAUCAUAUUAUGCCUCUCCAAAUGUUCAUAAAUCCUGUCUCUCAGGAUCUUCUCCAUCAACUUACCAACCACUGAAGUAAGACAUACUUGUCUGUAAUUUCCUGGGCUAUCUCUGCUCCCUUUCUUGAAUAAUGGAACAACAUUUGCAAUCCUCCAAUCCUCUGGAACCUCUCCCGUCCCCAUUGAUGAUGCAGAGAUCAUUGUCAGAGGCUCAGCAAUCUCCUCCCUCACCUCCAACAGUAGUCUGGGGUAAAUCUCGCCCGGUCCCAGUGACUUAUCCAAUUUGAUGUUUUCCAAAAGCUCCAGCACAUCCUCUUUCUUAAUGUCUAUGUGCUCAAGCUUUUCAGUCUGCUGUAAGUCAUCCCUACAAUCGCCAAGAUCCUUUUCCAUAGUAAAUACAGAAGCACUAUAUUCACUAAUUCCCUCCAGUUCCAUACACAGUUUUCCACUGUCACACUUGAUUGGUCCUAUUUUCUCACAUCUUAUCUUGCUCUUCACAUACUUAUAGAAUGGCUUGGGGUUUCCCUUAAUCCUGCUUGCCAAGGCCUUCUCAUGGCCCCUUCUGGCUCUCCUAAUUUCAUUCUUAAGCUUCUUCCGGCUAGCCUUAUAAUUUUCUAGAUCUCUAUUACUACCCAGUUCUUUUGAACAUUUGUAAGCUUUUCUUCUUGACUAGAUUUUUAACAGCCUUUGUACACCAUGGUUCCUGUACCCUACCAUCCUUUCCCUGUCUCAUUGGAAUGGACCUAUGCAGAAUGCCAAUCAAGUAUCCCCUGAACAUUUGCCACAUUUCUGCUGUGCAUUUCCCCAAGAACAUCUGUUCCCAAUUUAUGCUUCCAUGUUCCUGCCUAAUAGCUUCAUAUUUCCCCUUACUCAAAUUAAAAGCUUUCCUAACUUGUCUAUUCCUAUCCCUCUCCAAUGUUAUGGUAAAGGAGAUAGAAUUGUGAUCACUAUCUCCAAAAUGCUGUCACACUGAGAGACCUGACACUUGACCAGGUUCAUUUCCCAAUACCAGAUCAAGUACAGACUCUCCUGUUUUAGGCUUAUCAACAUACUGUAUCAGGAAACCUUCCUGAACAUACCUAACAAACUUCACCCCAUCUAAACCCCUUGCUCUAGGGAGAUGCCAAUCAAUAUUGGGGUAAUUAAAAUCUCCCACCAUGACAACCCUGUAUUAUUGUACCUCCCUGUUAACUAUUGGGUGAUCUAUUUUUUUUAAGAAAACACCCAGUAGAGUUAUUGACCACUUCCUUUUCUUAACUUCCCCUCCCACAGAGACUCAGUAAACAAUUCCUCCAUGACUUCCUCCUUUUCUUCAGCCGUGACACUAUCUCUGAUCAUGUCCCCGCCUCUCCUGCCUCCCUCCCUGUCCUUUCUGAAACAUCUAAAGCCUGGCACUCCAUUCCUGCUCCUAAGCCAUCCAAGUCUCUGUAAUGGCCAUAACAUCAAAGCUCCAAGUACUGAUCCACACUCUAAACUCAUCCACGUUGUUCAUGAUACUCUUUGCAUUAAAAUUGACACAUCUCAAACCAUCAGUCUGAGCGGAUCCCUUCUCUAUCCUCCCUCUCACACUGUCCACAGCUUUCUCAAUUUGUGAGCCAACCGCCCCUUCCUCCGACUCUUCAGUUUGGUUCCCACCCACCAGCAAUUCUAGCUUAAACUCUCCCCAAUUGCCUUAGCAAACCUCCCUGCCAGGAUAUUGGUCCCCCUUAGAUUCAAGUGCAACCUGUCCUUUUUGUACAGGUCACACCUGCCCCCUGCUCCAAUCCCUCAGCCACGCAUUUAUCUGCCACCUCACUCUAUUCCUAUACUCACUGUCAUUUGGCACAGGCAGUAAUCCCAAGAUUACUACCUUUAGAGGUCCUGCUUCUCUACUUCCUAUCUCUCUCUAGUCUGUUUUAAGGACCUCCUCCCUUUUCCUACCUAUGUCAUCGGUACCAAUAUGUGCCACAACCUCUAGCUAUUCACCUUCCGACUUCAGGAUACUGUGCUCAGAUCAGGAAAUGCUAUGGUUUCCAGGGGUUUUCCAUUUCCAGCCCUAUUGCUCAUAAUCACCUUUUUUUUUUACCUACUACAUACGAUUCAGCAUUCCAGGUUUGGUAUAGGAAGGGCAUUAGACAUUUUGAAGAUCUUUUCAUUGAUAAUCACUUCACUUCUUUUCAGCAGCUCUCUGUUAAGUUCAAUCUGCCCAAUGCUCAUUUUUUCAGAUAUCUCCAAAUCCAACACUUUAUUGCUCCUUUAAUUCCUAACUUGCCUGAAAUGCCUGUAAAAAAUGCUAUGGACCUAUUUCUUUCCAUGAAUCCACUAGGUAAAGGCUUAAUAUCAAUCAUCCAAGAUAAACUAGCAGCCUUACAACGGGCCCCCAUGGAUAAAAUCAAAAUGGCCUGGGAGCAGGAUUUAAAUACCUCCUUAUCUGAGGAGAGCUGGGAUUCAGUUCUCAAAUCGGUUAACUCAACCUCUCUUUGUGCUCGCCACUGCCUUUUACAGUUUAAGAUUGUUCAUAGAGCCCAUUUAUCUAAAUCUAAACUAUCUCGAUUCUACCCUAGUGUUAGUCUGCUCUGUGAUAAAUGCAAGAGGGGCGUGGCCUCUCUCAUCCAUAUGUACUGGUUCUGUCCUAGCUUGGAGAAAUUCUGGAAAGAUGUCUUCACUACGUUAUCGUGUAUUCUGAAUCAGCACCUAGAACCAAACCCCUUAAUUGCUCUGUUCGGUUUUUGGGGCGAGACAGAUUUAUAUCUGGGUCCGACCAAAUGCCGAAUAUUAUCCUUUGCCUCUCUCCUGGUUAGACGCUUGAUCCUCCUCAGAUGGAGAGAUGUUGCUCCGCCCACUCAUGCUCAAUGGCUUAACAACAUAAUGGCCUGUUCGGACCUUGAAAAAAUUCAUUAUUCAGUUCUCAAUUCGGAUCUAAAGUUCCAUAAGGUCUGGGGACCUUUUAUCGAGUACUUUCAUAACCUUCCUCUUGACUAGGGUUUUUUUUUCUUUUCGGUCCCUUGCUUUCAGCUCCUUUUUUUUUCUGGUAGAAGGCAUUAUUACCCUCUGUUGCUGAGUGUAUUCACAGUCUGGGAGUUUGGCUGUCCUGACUUAUACUCUCUAUAUGGUCUGGAGUUGCUGUUGUUUUUUCUUGUGGGGCUUGGGGAGGACACUAAGCUUACUUGUCUUUAAUUUAGGUCCUUUUUUUUUGCUAAAUUCUCUUCCUUUGUAGCAUAUUGUUAUUGUAUGCUUAAUUUUGCACUGUUUUAAUGUUCCUCAUUAGGAUUUGGGGUUUUUAAUUUGUAAAAUGUUUUGAAAAACUAAUAAAAAAUUCAGGAGACUGUGGACAAGAUCAGAAACAUCCCAGAUCCUGGGAGGCAAACUACCAUUUGUGUUUCUUUCAUGAGUCCACAGAAUCGCCUGUCUGACUCCCUAACUGUAGAGUCCCUUAUCACUGCUGCCAUCCUCUUCCUUUCCCUACCCUUCUGAGCCACAGGUCCAGACUUUGUGUCAGAGGCGCAGCCGCUGUUGCUUCCCCCAGAUAGGUCAUCUGCCCUGACAGAAUUCAAACAGGAAUACUUACUGUUAAGGUGGACAACCACAGGAGUACUCUCUUGUAUUUGCCUCUUGCCCUUCCCUCUCCUAACCAGAGGCCCUGGUGUAACUGCUUGCCUUUAGCUUCUGUCUAUCAUCUCCUCACUUUCUCUGUCCAAACAAAGGUCAUUGAGCUACAUCUCCAGUUCCCUAAUCCUGUCCCUAAGGAGCUGAAUGAAGCUCAAUGCAACUGGCGCAGAUGUGGUUGUCCAAGAGGCGGUGAGUUUCCUGGACAUCCCACAUCCGACACCCAGUACAGAACACUGGCCUCACGGACAUACUUCCUAUUCCUGUUCUUCACAAGUAACUUAACUCGCCUCAACCCGUUAUUGCCUAAUCCCUGUUGGGUCAAAGCACUCUUACUCUGACACCCACUCUAU